CUCUCCUUUAUUAUAAGUAUCAACCCAUAACUCAACCCCUUUCUCCUUCACCUUCCAUUUUCCUCCUCUUGUCAAAUGUUCAUGGCGGUGCUCGUGGCGGUGCUCGUGGUGGCGGUUUGGGUUUUGAAGAAUGCGAACCACUGGGUCCACGAAACCGCUCGGCUGGGUUCGAAACGGUUCGCCCUACCACCCGGCGAUCUCGGCUGGCCCUUCAUUGGCAAUAUGUGGUCUUUUCUAAGAGCUUUCAAGUCCCCUUAUCCUGAUUCCUUCAUCGACUCCUUCCUCUCCAGGUAUGGAAAUACAGGAAUGUACAAGGCCUUCAUGUUUGGAAGUCCAAGUGUGAUAGUAACUUCAGCAGAAGCAUGUAAAAGAGUUUUGAAUGAUGAUGAAGCUUUUGGGUCAGGAUGGCCUACUUCCACCAUGAAACUCAUAGGAGAAAACUCCUUCAUUGGCAUUUCUUACCAAGAACACAAGCGUCUCCGCCGUAUAACUGCCGCUCCGGUCAACGGUUACGAUGCGUUGGCCACCUACCUCACUUACAUAGAAAAAAUUGUGGUUUCUUCUUUGGAAAAAUGGGCUUCCAUGGGACAAAUAGAGUUCUUAACAGAGCUUAGAAAGCUUACCUUCAAGAUCAUUAUGUACAUAUUCCUUAGCUCUGAAAGUGAGGCAAUAAUGGAGGCUUUGGAGAGAGAGUACACUCAGCUUAAUCAUGGAGUCAGAGCUAUGGCCAUCAACAUUCCUGGUUUUGCUUACAAUAAGGCACUCAAGGCUCGAAAAAACCUUGUGGCGACAUUUGGAUCAAUUGUGAGUGGGAGAAGGAAGGAAAGAGAGAGGAAGAAUAAUUUGAUAGCAAAGAGAAGAGAUAUGAUGGAUGCUUUGUUAGAUGCUGAAGAUGAAGAUGGAAGAAGGCUAAGUGAUGAAGAAAUUAUUGAUGUUUUGAUAAUGUACUUAAAUGCAGGCCAUGAAUCUUCAGGUCAUACUAUGAUGUGGGCAACCAUUUUCUUACAACAACAUCCCCAAUUUCUUCAAAAGGCCAAGGUAGAGCAAGAAGAGAUAGUAAAAAAACGACCUCUCGGACAGAAGAAUUUAACUCUCAAGGAAGUUCGAGAAAUGCCCUAUCUUUCAAAGGUGAUCGAUGAAACACUACGAGUUGUAACAUUCUCCCUCACUGUCUUUCGAGAGGCAAAGCAGGAUGUCAAAAUUUGUGGUUAUACCAUUCCAAAAGGUUGGAAAGUUCUAGUUUGGUUUAGAAGUGUUCACUAUGAUCCCGAAACGUAUCCGAACCCGAAAGAAUUUAACCCAUCAAGAUGGGAUAAUUUCAUACCAAAAGCGGGGAGUUUUCUUCCAUUUGGAGCAGGAAGUAGAUUGUGUCCCGGAAACGAUCUUGCAAAACUAGAAAUCUCCAUCUUUCUCCACUAUUUCCUCCUCAAUUAUCAGUUGGAAAGAGUUAAUCCAAGAAGUCCAGUGAGGUAUCUACCACAUUCAAGGCCUAAAGAUAAUUGUUUGGCGAGGAUCAAGAGACUUGAUUGAAGAUAUUUGGAUGAAAUGAAUCAAGAUGUUGUUGAAAUAGUUGAAAUGAUUUUUAGCUCCACUAUUGUUUGUAUUUUUAAUCUUCAAUCAUUGUUAAUGGCAUCUAUGUAAGAAUAUAGGAUAUGAACUUAUUAUAAUUCAUAAUCUUUAUUAUAGAUCUAUCACAAUGAACUAAGAUUCUAGAGAAUGGGUAUACAAAACUCAAAUCUCACGACCUUUGCCCCGAGCUAGUUGAA